UCGGCAUUCAUUUUCGAUAAGUUGACGGCCUGUCAGUCAAACGGUCAGCUUAUUUUUUUCUCGUGAACGCGGCUAGUGUGCGUAGUGACUCGGGGCACCGGUCAGAACGCAGACGUAACAGACAGUAGUCGCGGCGCAAAACACAAGUGGUGUGUGCUAGCCCUAACCACGCCGCACGCCGCAGCACGGGGCGACUGUGAAUUGACCGGCCUUGAUCGCUCUCAAAUCGUCGUACUGCGUCGUGAAAGAUGGCCGUGGGACAUAAUGAAGACGGCAAAGCGCCUUCCCACGCAGGCAUGAAUGCCGACAAGCUAAACAAGCUCCAGGCGCAAGUCCGCAUCGGCGGUAAGGGUACAGCACGCCGGAAGAAAAAGGUGGUCCACAGGACAGCCACUACAGACGACAAGAAGCUUCAGAGUUCCCUCAAGAAGCUCACUGUAAAUAACAUCCCAGGAAUUGAAGAGGUGAACAUGAUCAAGGAAGAUGGCUCUGUGAUCCACUUCAACAACCCCAAAGUCCAGGCUUCCUUAGCAGCGAACACGUUUGCAGUCACAGGCCAUGCUGAAACAAAACAAAUCACAGAGAUGCUUCCUGGAAUUCUGAACCAGCUUGGGGCCGAGAGCUUGACCCACCUGAAGAGGCUGGCCAGUGUACAGAGUGCAAUGGUGAGCCAUUCGGAACAAAGUGGAGGUGCUGGUGCCUGUGCUGGCGACGACGAAGACGAUGAUGUUCCAGAUUUGGUUGAAAACUUCGAUGAAGCUUCAAAGGCAGAAGUAGUCUAGGCUGUUUGUUCACUGAAUGCAAGCACGAGGACAUGGCAACAUCUUUAAUGGGCUCAACGUGUUAUGUGAGAAGAUGAAGCAGAGUGGCGUUCAUCUGACGGGCCAACAGUGGUGUUGCAACACCUGUGUGUUUGUUGCUUGCAAAUGCUCGCGGCUUCCCCGUUUUUUCUCGCAGUGCCACACUGGCGUUGUGUGCAUCUGCAGGAUUUUUUUUUUUUUAAGUGUAUAUUUUCAUCAUUAUUGAUAGUUUUGCAGAUUGUGUUUUGGGGCUGUCUGGGGAGGGGGUAACAGCUCUGUCAAAGGCGUUGGUUGGAAAGUACCGAGAAUAAAAUGCUGCACAGCA